AUGAGCUCCCCCUGGAAGCAGUUCGGAGGCGCGUGCCGUCAGACGCGACCGGCUCAGCCUAACCCUAGCCUGAUUCGAGCAACAUUCCGCCCAGAUGCUGAUUCAGCGUUCAAAUCAUUGGAGCCGAAUCGAGCUUAUCUGCAACCCACUCUGUGCGUCGAUGGGCUUCUAGACAUGCCUUCUCAGGGAUGCACAAAUAAUCCUCAAUGUAAUGCUGGAAUUCAUGCUGGAAACUCACCAGCUCACUCUACUAGCAUAGACCCCGGUUCGGUUUCAUCUCGUUGCUCAGUCAGACUUAUACAUGAUAUUAUAUCAAAAUUCGGCCCAGAAAAGGUUGAGUUGGUUAGGUCAAUUGGGUUCGAAGGACUCCUGCACCUACCAUUACUGAAGCAGAACAAUCUCUGGUUUUCAACUUGGCUUAUGAGUAGAGUUGAUGAAUUGUCGCAGACUCUCCUUAUCGCAGAUGGCGCCCGUAUUCAUUUCAAUAAGGCUGAUGUUGCUAGGGUCUUUGGAAUACCUGCCUCCAGAAGGAGUAUAUUUCACAAACCAGGCAUUCUUUCUAUUCACAAUUCAACCUUGGUCACACUGGACAGCCCCAUAAAUACUAAGCACCUAUGCAGUAUUAAGCUGAAGGCAGAUAUUGCUAACAAUGUCAAAGUGCCGUACAUUUAUGGAUGCUCACUGUUUCUGCAGGUUCUGUACCUGGACAGUAUUGACUUAGGGGUACUAUCGAUGGAAUAUAAUAUUCCCCGGAUUCGUUGCUUCACAUCUGACCAGCUCAGGUCCAUGAUAGCUGCUGAUAGCUCUUUCUCGGCUAAUGGUUGUGAUAUGGUUGGUUCGCGGAGGACCAAGCUGCGGCCUGCUAUUGGAAUUUGCUAUCAUUGGGCCACACCCCAGAGGUCCAAUUUAGGUUCUCCCAAUCAAUCUGGCAUGUUAGCGUUGUGUGAGGCUUCUGUUCUGAUGUCUCGUAUCCUUAAGAUCCCCCCUGAGGCUGCAGGUCCUCUAUUUGUCGCUGCAGCAGAUUUCCAAAGGCAAAUAAGUUCCGCAGUUGGUACUGAGGCUCUAAAGUUCAUGAGUGUAUUACUCCACAUCAUGGAACCAUAUGUCAAUGGAUUCAGCUACCAGUCUUCCAUUAAUGCACAUUCUCCGCCCCUUGACCUGUGUUCUAUGGGCCACCCACAUGUUUGUAGCUACGCUGAAUGUUGUACCCAUUUUUCCACAAUUAGGUCCAAGAGAAAGUCCAUUGUGUGCACUCAGAUUGAUGCAACCAUUAACAAGCGCCAACACAUGAUUAACAACAAUGAUCCACUGAAUCCUGAGUUGCCCCCUGGCAGUUUUCUAGAUGCUGGGGACCGUUGUAUCAAUGCAACUGACGUCUCUAUUCAAGCUGUUCUUAAUAGGCACGACAUUGACAUCAGGGCCAUUAAUGCCAUGGCUCGAUUUUAUCUCACCCUUAGGCCUGUAAAAGCAACUCGCUGCACUGAUCUAAACACAAGGCCUCAUGGUGAUGACCUCGCAGCCACUGCCUUCCAUACCAGGGCUGGACACCCUCUCCCUGGUCCACGGUCACCUUGGGAUCUUGGUUGCAGAUACACUAUUGAUCUGGUUAAGGCAUCUGAUAUACACAAGAAGCUUAGCUUCGUCGAAGACAUUGAUGAGCCAUGGAUUGUACACUUCUGCCCCAAAUACAUUGAAGUGCUAACCUGCGCGUUUAAGUCUCAGUUCCUAGGCAAUUUGGAGUUGGAAAUGGAACUGGUCGACGCUGUUAUCCGGCGUUAUAAGCAGGUUGAUGAUGAAUUAUCCAGAGACUGGGCUUCCGCUCGAACCAAAAAUGCUGGCAAGAGGUUCUUCGAGUGCUCCCAGGAACAAGGAGAAGGACCCGUCAUCAUGCCCCAAGCUACUACUUCCAAUCUUAGUACGAGGAUUAUCUCGGCGUCCUCGGCUUGUUGGGACCCGGCGUCAAUGAAGCUCAAGUUGACAGCCAUAGCGGCAUAG